UCGACGUUUAGGACCGGCAACGUACAGUGAGUGCUCGUGUACCAUCGAAUUAUUACGAAGGAUUUUUUCAGGAUGGUCAACCGGAUCACUUCGAUAUCAUUUAUAGUGGAUAACAGUAAUGGAUCCAAAGAGGGAAGCGCAGAUUUUGAAAAAGCCAUCAGAUAUUGCGGAUACGGAAAGUUUCAUUACGGCUUGAUGUUACUCUGCGGUAUGAUGUUCCUCUCCGUUGGUUUUCAAAAUAAUAUAAAUGCUUACAUCUUACCUUCGGCCGAAUGCGAUUUGAAAUUGUCUUCCGCAGAUAAAGGGCUCUUAAACGUCGCCUUUCUCGUGGGUGGAGUUAUCAGUUCAAUCUUUUGGGGUAUCUUCGCGGAUGCUUACGGUAGAAGAAACGUCCUUUUGGUGACCUUUAUGAUUGAUAGCAUUUUUUCAAUUACCUCGAGUUUCUCUCAAAGCUUCAACAGUUUACUGAUCUUUCGUGCAAUUAAUGGUUUCACAAUCGGUGCUCCUGGAUCAUUGAUCUACACUUAUCUCGGUGAAUUUCAAUCGGAAAAGUAUAGAUCUAAGAGCAUCUGUUACGUUGGCUUCUUCUGGACUCUCGCUUGGCUCAUAUUACCUGGUCUCGCCUGGAUAAUAAUACCACUUUCGAUUUCCAUCGAGUUCAACGGUAUCUCUUACAAUUCUUGGAGACUUUUAUUAGCAUCGAUCGGCUUACCAACAUUUUUCAUAGCUCUUGUUACUUUAACUUAUCCGGAAAGUCCAAAAUUUUUGCUUUCACGUGGCAAGACCGAAGAAGCAUUGAGAAUUUUAAAAAAAAUUUAUGCCAUCAAUACCGGUAAAAGAGAGGAGAAUUAUCCGGUGAAAACUCUUUUGUCUGAAAGUACAAUGAUCACAAGAAAAGAAGGAUCUUCUUUAUCAGUAUUUGGAUUGUUUACAAUCUUAUUGAAAAACAUUUGGUCUCAAAUUCGAUCAAUCUCCUCGUUUCCACUUUUAAAAUAUGCCAUACUCUGUUGGACGAUAUAUUUCACUAAUAUGUUUGGAUAUUACGGAUUGGGUCUCUGGCUUCCUGAGCUCUUCAAUCGUUUUGAGAUAUAUCAAAAAUUACAUCCAAACGUAACGAUAACCGUUUGCGAAUUGAUAAGAAAAACAGAUAUAUUAAAUCAUUCGAACAUUAAAUCAACAACGUUAAAUGAAUCUGUAAUUCUUCAUCCAUUGAUGAACGCAACAGAGAAAUGUAUUAGUACAAUGGAUAAAAAGGUUUUUACUAAUGCAUUAACGAUCAAUGCCGUUUGUUUAUUGGGAAAUAUAGCAUCUGGUUACUUCGCAGAUCGGGUUGGUCGUCGAACAAUACCAGUAACUACUAUGUUGAUAGCUGGUGUCUUUGGGUUCGCAACUUACUUCGUCAAAUCUUCCUUACAAAUUCUCGUAGUGACCUGUCUGUUUUCACUGACAAUAGCCACGGCAAAUUUUGUAAUAGGAAGUGUUGUGGUCGAUAUCUUUCCAACGCACGUAGGAGCGAUAGCUAUCUGCAUGAUGACAUGCUUUGGUAGGAUCGGUGCCAUCGCAAGUAAUUUGGCCUUUGGUAUGCUUCUCGAUAUCAGUUGCGAGGUGCCAAUUUUCUUAGUGGGCAGCAUCGUUAUUGGUAAGCAAUAUCGAUUAUCGACGAUCCAAAUAAGGAUCACUUUGAUAUGCAUGAAUAUAAUUAUACGAGACAAUUCAAUCAAUUUCUUUUUCAUUCUUGUUUUUCAGCCGGAGGCAUCCUAGGAUUGUUGUUACCAAAAAGAAAUAGCUGAGAAUAAUUUCUGAUAAGCGACGAGUUCAAAAGUAUUCGUCUACUUUUUUGUUUCCUUUUUUCUUAUCAUUUUUUUUUCUUUUUUUUUUUUUUUUUUUUUUUUUUUAUUGUUCUUUUAUCAAUACCAAUUUCCUACUCGGGAAUGCUAAUCUCGUCGUUUAAAUCUAUUAGUAUGUUUCGAUGAGAAAUAAUGAAUUGUGGUUCGCGUGAUCCCUUAAUAUAAUUUUAUUUAUUGAAAGUAGACUUUAUAUAGCAUGGAAAGUAUAUGAAUAAUGUAAUUAGAACGGUAAUUUUUAAUUUCUCCUAAAAGAAAACGGAAUAUCUAUGUUAAGAAUGUUAAUUGUAAUCGUUCAUUUUAUCGACGAUCAUUAGAGAUCGUUACAUUAUCGACUGAUCGUUACCGACCGCUUUUCUUACCGACGUGUUUUCAUUCUUCACUUUUCACACGAAUAUCUUGACUUUUUAAAGUGCUGCCAUCUCUUGUUAAAUAACAUUAUUCUUUUGAAAAAUUUUUAAAGAGCAACGAUACUCGAUAGAUAAAUCGAGUUUAUAGAACUUUGCUAUCUAACGUAAAAUAUUCGCGACGAUCUAAGAAAAGAAUAAUGUUAUACAAUACGAGAUGAAUUCUUUCUUCUUCUUCCCCUCCCCACCUCCUCUCUCUAAGCGUGACUCUUUUUUUUUUAGUUUCAAAUUCAAUCGAUAUUUAAAUUAAUAUGGGUUUUUUUUUUUUUCUUUUUUUUUUUUAAACAUGAAAACACACCGAAUAUAUGAUAAUAAAACAAGAAAACUUACUUUGAGCGUUCAGAAUUUUCUAUCCACACCGACUCGUCGUAUCGUGGCAAAACAACACUUGACACCUGUAUUAUUGGUAUAUGUUAAACGUGAUCGGUUGGUUAAUAACGUAUCUACGAAGGAGAAGUACAAAUUUGUAAUUUCAUUUAUUAUUAUUACGUGUUUCUUUUUCUUUUUUUUUCUUUUUUUUUCUUCUUCUUCUUCUUCUUCUUCUUCUCGUAAAAAUGAAAUAUGAGAGGAUUUCCAUGAUCUUCGAUACAACAAAAACGAUCGUCUUAGCUUUGACGCGCGUUUUUCUCUCGUGUUUGGAAUUGAAUACAAUAAUAUUAUAUUGAAAAUAAUAUUGUGAGUUUCUCGGGAGGUAUUCUAAUAAUAUCGUUAUUUCGUUAUGCUACAGCGCUCUUAUAUUCGAUAUUCGUUUUUAUUAUUCGUUAACUAUUAUUAUUAUCAUUCAUCAUUAUCAUCAUCAUUAUCUUCAUCAUCAUCACCAUCA